AUGGCGGCUUUUGAUCGUCUUGGGAGGUCAAAUUUCAAGUACGUGUUUUGGAAUCAGGUCCUGUUGAAACUUGUGAGCCAUAACAUUGGGCCAGAUGCCUUGGAGCAACCGUUUUUCACCUCCCACCCGAUCGGAACCACCGUUAUCAACUCCAACCGUCACACCAUCUCCUGCCAGGCCACUGGGACCAUGCCCAUAGACUAUGGCUGGGAGAUCAACAAUACAAGGAUCUUGUCCCCAGAGUGGGAAUCCAAUUCCUACACCUUCAUGCAGACUGGGAAGAGCAACAUAGGGGUAUACCGAUGCACGGCGAUGAACGUUGUUGGGACUGUCAUCAGUCGAGGGGCAGAAAUUCAUGUUGCUUAUUUUGAACCAUAUCUUGGUCUCCCAGAGACGACACAGGUCAAUGCAGGCGAGGCAAAGAUUCUAACAUGUCCACCUUAUGAUAGUUACCCUACCCCAACCAUAACCUGGCAGUUCAAUGGAACGGACAUCAUACUGGGCUCUGACCAGCUGGUGACCGCUGACCAGCGACUGGUCUUACUCCAGGCCACUAGUGACCACCAAGGCUUAUACACCUGCAAGGCCCACAACAAUGUAUACGGACAGACACAGACUAGUCCUAGUGUGACUCUGAAUGUUCAAGGUACUUUUACACCUCCAGAGUUCAUCGCACCCACCAUUGUCCUUCCACCCAGUGAUACUGUCGUCAGGCCAGGACAGUCCUUUGUACAAAUGGAAUGCAUCAUCAGUGCACACCCUUUGAGCUCUCUCCAGAUCUCGUGGCAGAAGGAUGGUGUAGCAUUAGGCCCUACUGGGGCCAUCCUGAAAAUCUUCAACCCUUCCGAGGCUCAUGCAGGAACAUACAGAUGCUUAGGUGACCUGCAAGGCUCUGAUUUGCCAGCAGUAGAGGCCUCUGCAAACCUCACCAUGUACAUUGCACCAGGGAUAACCAGUCGAUUGGAGAGGAAGACCCAAGAAGCAGCAGGCAAUACUAUCGCCCUCCCCUGCAUGGCUACAGGAGUACCAACCCCUCAAAUCAAGUGGUUCCGCAAUGCUGCUGAUAUCGCCAUAAUGGGCAACAACCGCUACAGGAUGGAAGAAGAUGGUAGUUUGAAACUGAUCAAUCUUGAGAAGAAUGACAGUGGUAUGUUCCAAUGUCAGGCAAUCAAUGAUGUAGGAGAACAGAUUGCAGAUACAUGGUUACAUGUUCAAGAAAUUGCUCCCGAGAUCACUUUGACUCCUAAUGACACCACAAUCCUAGAAGGAGAGACUACUUACUUGGAAUGUGCUGCAGAGGGUGCUCCUAACCCUGUCAUACAUUGGGAGAAAGAUGGCCAGCUGGUACUGAGUUCAACCUUUCAGCUCAACAACCGUUAUAUUCUUCAGACCUUCGGAAACCUGCUCCUACAGCAGGCAGUCAAGGAGGAUUCUGGAGAGUACACCUGCGUAGCGACCAACACCCUGGAUAGGGAUAGUGCUUCUGCUUCACUCAUUGUUUAUCAACGGACCAUCAUCUCCCAGAGGCCGACCAACGUGGAGACCAUCCUGGGGGAGACGUCCACCCUGACCUGUGUGGUCCAGCAUGACUCCAGGGUAACACCAACCAUCACCUGGAUGCAGGAUGGUGGUGUGAUAGUACCCGAUGGAAGGUUCAUCAUCCUGGCGUCCGGUUCCCUGGUCAUCAUGUCCACCGAUACACUGGACAUGGGGCUGUAUGUCUGUAAGGUGACCUCCGUGGCUGGGGAUGACCAUGGCAGCGCCAACUUGACUGUCCUACAGGUGCCAUAUCAACCACAGGGAUUGACAGCAGUCAAGAGCAUGGAUCAGGCCAGGACCAUCAUCGUUUCUUGGUUACCGGUCUUUAAUGGUAACUCACCCCUCAUCAGGUACAUCUUGGAACAAAAAGAAGAUGAUUCUGCUUUCACUGAGGUCGAAGCAACUAUCAACCCUCUUCUUAAUGAGUUCCCAGUCACCGGUGUGAAGCCAUCAAGGAGAUACCAGUACAGGCUCAGGGCGCAGAAUGCCAUCGGGAUGAGCGAGAAGAGCAACCCUAGCAAUGUAGUCCAUCUUCCAGAGGAACCACCUGAUCUUCCACCUCAAUCUCUGAGGGCCAGUGCUACAUCUACCUCUAGUAUCAUGGUGGAAUUUGGGGAGCCUCCAUAUGAGAGUUGGAAUGGUCCACUCCUUGGUUACAUCGUCCAGUGGCGUAUGGAAGGCUAUAACACUGCAUUCCAAUUCCACAACAUCACCAAUUACCGGCAGACCUCGUAUGAGAUUGUAGGCCUCAUCACCUGGAAGAUAUAUGAGAUUCAGGUUGCUGCGUACAACGGUGCUGGAGUGGGGGCCUACUCUAAUCCUAUUGAUGUCCGCACCAAUGAAGGAGUCCCCACGGCACCACCCCAGGAUGUUGAUAUCAUGGUGACUAGUUCAACAUCCUUCAUGUAUCUAUUCAGUUCACCUCCCGUCCAGUUUAUCAAUGGUAUCAACCAAGGAUAUAAGCUGCUUGCCUGGGAACCUGGAAUGGAGAACAACCCUAUCGUAGAACUGGUACCCUCGAACAUUGCUCAGAGUCGUUUCAUUGGUAACAUCACUACCCUGAAGAAGUUUACUGAGUAUCAAGCCUCUGUUCUCUGCUAUACCAACCCUGGGGAUGGCGUUCCGAGCACACCUGUCACCUUGAUGACACUUGAAGAUGUUCCUGGUCCAGUGAGUAAUCUACGUGUUAGCAAUGUAUAUGAUACAUCACUGCAGAUAUCAUGGGAUGAACCACAGGAGAUCAAUGGAGUACUUCGAGGUUAUAGCAUCAGCUGGCAGGAGCACAACAAAACCUCCAACAUCAUCAAUGCCAGUAGGUUACCAAGUGAGACCAGUUAUACCAUCACAAGCCUUACACCACAGACUACCUAUCUGAUCCAGGUCUGGGCUAAGACCAAUGUAGGUCCAGGACCUACUACAGACAUCAUCAUCAGUUCAGGGGUUCCACCAGAGCGCCCUCAACCACCUACCAACCUAAACGUCCCGGAUGCUACCAUCCAGUCACGGUCUGUGGAGCUCCACUUCACUCCAGGAUUCGACGGGGAGGCUGGCAUCACCCUGUGGACCGUCCAGGCCCUUGUAGGUCAGUCUGACCGCUGGGAGCAGAUCUUUGAGGUCUCAGACCCCAGCGCCAGGUCCGUUGAGGUCACCGGGCUGGAGCCGUUCACAUACUAUCAGUUCAGGAUGAUUGCUACCAAUGUGGCUGGGUCUAGCAACGUCAGUGAGCCUUCAGAACAGAUACAGACUAAACAAGAUGCGCCAGCCAUUGCUCCUCGUGAUGCCAGGGCACGAGCUUUUAAUUCCACUGCCCUCAGAGUCACAUGGAUGCCUUUGGAUGAUGUUGAAUGGAAUGGUAUACCAGGAGGAUACCUCAUCUACUGGAGGCCGUCUGGUACCAGCAUGCAGGAGAUGUUCUUCAACCUAGCUAGUCCAUACAUCAAUAACCAUGUCAUCACUGGUUUGGAGGAGUGGAUGCCCUACGAUGUGAGGAUCGAGGCGUAUAAUGAACUGCAUGUGGGACCAACCAGUGGAAUGGUUACUGGAUGGACUAAUGAAGCGGUCCCAUCUGCUGGUCCUGCCAACAUCCAAGCAUUACCUACUUUCUACUCAGAGAUCUUGGUCACAUGGAAUGACGUGCCAGUAAUUCAUCAAAAUGGAGAGAUAUUAGGCUUCAAGGUUAUAUUUAGAGAGAGUGGAGGCAUUUUGAUGUACAUGAAUGUACCAGGCAACACUUCACGUGAGGCAACCAUAACUCACCUCAAAGGCUACACCAUCUAUACCAUCACGGUGCUGGCGUAUACCGUGGUCGGUGACGGCGCCAUCGGCAAUGAGGUGCCGGUCAGGACUCACGAGUGGUAUCCUGGUCCCCCGGUCGGCAUCACAUUCCCUACCGUCCAACUCUCAUCCGUCACCAUCACAUGGAACGAGCCCCUCAUUCCAAACGGUCAUAACCUCUCCUACAAGGUUGGUCAUCGCCUUCUGGCUGGUCCACCUGCUUCUCUUGUAGAGGAAGAUGUAGGGGGCAGCAGACAGCAUACUGUUACCGGCCUACAGCCACAGGAGACGUACUAUUUUGAAGUGACAGCGAAAACAUCAAUGGGAUUUGGGCAGCCUGCUUCGGCUUUGGUUAUUACAACAACAAAUAGAACCACUCCCGAAGCCCCAUCCAGACCCACGGUAGACCACAUCAAGAGCAGGCAGGUCCGCCUUUCAUGGACCCCUGGUAACAAUGGGAAUUCCCCUCUUCGUUAUUACAUCAUUGAUGUACGGGUGGGGUCUGGACCAUGGGAAGAACACGGCACCAUAGUGGAUGCCUCUCAAGUCUCCUAUACACUAACAGGGUUGAAUCCAUACACCUUGUACUAUUUCCGUCUGAAAGUGUACAAUGACAUUGGAGCCAGCCCAGAGAGUCCCUCAUCAAAUCAAAUCACUACAGAACAAGACAUUCCUGAUGGGGCACCCACUAUAUUAACAGCAACCCCAAUCACAGUCACAUCCCUCCUGGUAACAUGGCAAUCACCCCUCCAGGCUCAAACCAACGGCCCCCUUACUGGCUACCGCUUCCAGUUCAGGCAGUUACCCAGCGGCAGUUUCAUGGAAGAGAACAUUAAUGAUCCCGGAGUGACCGAGUAUGAGCUCCUCAAUCUAGUUAGGUAUCAGAAUUAUGAGGUGAAGCUGGCUGCAACCAACAGCAAAGGGCUCGGACCCUACAGUGUUCCAGUCUAUGUGUACAUCGGAGAAGCAGUUCCAUCUGAGCCUCCCUCUGCUGUGUCCAUUAGUACCACUGGUUCAUCCUCAUUUCAGAUCUCAUGGGUACCACCCUCUAUGGAAUCACAGAAUGGUGGUCUCCAAGGUUACAAGGUACUGUAUUGGGAGAAUCACUCCCGCCAGGCGCGUUCCACCAUCGUCCAGCAGACCAAAACAUUCCCAGCCUCGGCCAUGGUAGCAACCCUCGAUGACCUUAACUGCUUCACCGAGUAUGGCAUCUCUGUCAAAGGUUUCAAUGCUGCAGGUGAUGGUCCAGGAUCGCCCCCACAGUACAGCACUACAGAUGAAGAUGUUCCGAGUGAAGUCAGCCAUCUAUUAUUCAGUCAGGUGAGAAUGAGUUCUCUCAACGUAUCAUGGGGUCCUCCGACAUCAGCCUGCGGGACUGUCACUCAGUAUAAACUAUUCUAUCAACCUCAUGAACCCAUCAAUGGGGAAAGAACAUCUGUUGUGGUGACCCUACCCAAUGAUGAGUAUUCCUACGUUGCCAAGAGGCUUGGUGAACAAGAACGAUACCUGUUUGAAGUCUAUGCAGAGACUACUAGCUUCAUUGGACCACGGAGAGGGCAAAAUAUUACAACUGGACCACAAGCAGGUGCCCCUGAAUCUCCAAGAUAUGUUCAGUUGUCUCCAGAGUCUUCCUUCGUGACUGUUUCCUGGGAUGCACCUGUAUAUUAUGGGGAUCAACCUCUCACCGGAUACAUCAUACAAUCACUGGAAAAAGGUCAGGAUACAUGGGAGGAUGUCAACGAUACCAUUGCUGCUGACCAAUCACAGUUCUCCAUACCGUACAGCAGUCUGAACCCAGUGACAGUAUACACAUUCCGUGUGAUGGCUGAGAGCAUGAUCAGUGUCAGUGAACCUGCAUUGAGUGAAGAGCUGAUGGUGCCAGCUGCUGGUACGAACCUAGCUCAGAAGAAUUUCUACGAGGAGUGGUGGUUCUUGGUAAUCGUUGCCCUCGUUGGCAUCAUCGUCAUCAUCCUUGUUGGAGCUUCGCUUUGCAUGCUGGGAAGGAGCCGUUUAUAUGUCGACAGGAAAGUUCAUAAAAGAAUGACACCUGAUGAAAGAGUGAGUGUUACGGAAGACGGCGGCUUCACGUCAUUUGAGAUGGAUCCUGCUGCGAGACGGUCAGGGAGAAAUGGAAGAACAAACGGUCGCAGUGGAGUAUAUAACAGAACAAAUUCAUAUACCAGGCCCCCUCCAAGACCCAGUCCAGGCAGUAUACAGUAUUCAGAGGAAGAAGAAAGUAAACAUUAUGAAGAUGUAAGGCGGAGAAUGGCUGGAGGUGAUGAGCCGGGAGAAAACAGCAGUCUAACAGAGAAAAAUGAUUUACCAUCGCUCUCAGAGUCAUUAGCCAGCGAGAGCGAUGUUGAAGUAGACGGUGGAGGAGCCCAUGGGGGCGAUCCUCCUUCAUUUGUCAACCACUACGCAAGUCUUCCAGGCACGCAGUCAUGGCGGCGCCAGCAAACAUCAAGCGGUCCGUCCAGUAACGCGUAUAGCUACACGGACAGUGAGCCGGAUCCCGUACCCACGGUGGAUGGUAGAACUGUAUACCUGCAGAACAAUCUAGCCAGCAUGCAGGCCGGCUCACGAGCCCCCGUGCAUGGAUUCUCGUCGUUCGUAUAACGCAAACUCAGAUGUCAUCUAUCGCUGUUAGUGACUGCAUAGUUAGUGAGAACUGAGAAAGGAUGAUUUUUAUAUAUUUUCUUGGAUUCCUUGUCAUCAUCUGUUUUCCUGAAAUUGCAAGAUUUUACUUAAGUGACAUCUUCAAAAUUAUGAUAUACACAUACUUGUCAUCCAUGAUGACCUGUUUAUCAUCUUUAAACCUUCAAUAGUGACUCGAACUUUCAUUUUCGAAACUUCAGUGCUUUUAUGAAUGAACAGACACGAAACCAUCCUUUCUAGGAGGUUCAGUUUAUAAUGAACUUUAGAUUGUACUGAUGGACAUGUACCUUAAAGAUGAUGAAUGAAAGAGAAGGCUAUUUCCAAAGAUUUGUCAUAAUAUAUAUAGUACCCAGAUGGUUUAUGCCUCUGAGGCUGCAAGACAUCACCUGAAGGCAACACUCCUGGAAGAACACUCCUGAAGGGCACUAUGUGCCCUUGUCAACAAAACACAGGUAAAAGUGUUUCUUGCUGGAGCCAGGCCUGGAAUAUCCUGUUUAUCUAUGGAGAGAGAAUUUUGGCUUCUGUAUCAGAAGGGAUAAACUGGUUAGCAGUGAUUGUGUGUGACAUGAGGAUAACAUCAACGGAGUGAACUGACGAGGAUGUCAAGGGUUCAUGGCCAGUCUUGGUGCCAAAGAUCUCAACUGUUUAUUUGAUGUGAUUUGUUUACCAUGAGGAAUCGCAAGGCAUGGUGCAGGAUAUUCUGAUGGUUAGGAGAUCUACUACUAACAAAGAAAUGAUAAACAAUACAGCACCUUUAUUGCCACUUCCCCCUGGAAGUCAAGAGAUUCCUUGAAAAUUAUAUCAAUUUAAGAAAUGUUAUCAUUCAAUUUUGAUGACUUCCCUCAAAUUUAUUGGCUGUGCGAUCUACUCAAUGUAUAGAUUGGUCUUAUAUAAAAAAUAAAAACAAAGUGACAAGAUAAACUUUCAUUUAUUCACAGAGUAUAAUCAGUAAUCCAACCAGUCUGCAUACUUCAACCGCAUGAUACCAAAUUUAUUUUUUUUAAAUGGCGAAGUGACUUAAAAGACCAUUCUCUAGGACCACAUGGAGAAGAACUUUGAUAUUCAGGAAGCAAUGAAUGUUAUUGCUUGUGCUUGAUGGAGAUGUCAGUAAGCUGAGAUAUUUUUUACAGCUUCAGUGUCAUGUGGAAACAUUUGAUCCAAUAGACAUCAGGGGUCCGUUGCAGAAAGAGUUGCGUGUAAACGCAAGUCAAAAAAUCAAUCGCAAGUCCCAAAUGCGCACUGUUGAUUGGUUGAAAAUCAAGUUGCGCAUGAUUUUUAGAGUUGCAAUUGAUUGCAACUCUUUCUGCAACGGGCCCCUGGACAGAUAUAUAUUCAAGCGAGUCUAUUUGUGAAGGAUGUGGUUGCUUCUUAGCUUGAUGUAUGGGCAGUUAAGCAAUAUGAAAAUAAUGAAUUUCAAUCAGAAUACUGGUUUGAAAGUCUUUGAUUUAACUUCUCAUUUAUACUUUCAUAGAUAUUUACUGAUAAUUCUAAUAUCUUUACACUGCCUUUACAAUUGGAUAAAUUAUAAUUUUUUCCUUCUUUCUUGAUAUUUAAAUGAAUUUUAAACACCUAGCACAAAGUUACAAGGAGACUUAAACACAAAUUAAUAUUUUACCAUGUGCAUUUAUGUGAGAAGAAUCCAGCUGUUAGAAAUCUUCAUUCAUAUUGAUGAGAUGCUUUAUGUUUCAUUUGCUCAAACUUCCAGAUUAUACCUCUGUCAUAUUUGCUCUACGGCGGCUGUACGGUAUACGGCGCUAUAGAGCAAAUGUGACUAAGGUGUUAGGAACUUUGGUCCACAUGUUUGAUACUUGAAUGAUGGAGAGGCAAUCAUUGUUCUUGUAUCAUUUUGGUCAACAGUUCCGUAUUUUGAAAUGUGUUUGAAUCCAUUUAUCUCUGCUUCCCUUGGUAUUGGUGACACUAUUCAAAAUAAAAUAAGAUCAAUUCUAUUUGUAAUGUUGAUAAUCUAUUGAUUCAAGAUGUUGAAUGACAAUAUCCCCCAUCUAUUCUGUGUGUUUCUGUGCCUUCUGAGGAUAAUAAUAAUAUUAGGUGCUGAAUUUUGUAUGAGUCUCAGACUGUUGAUGUUUAAUAGAUGUAGCUAUCUUUGAUUCUAUUGUAAUUUAUUGACAUUUUGACAUGAAUUUUUUUAAUUUCAACUCAAUUGCUCUUUUAAACUCCUGUAUCUGCAAUAUUUGUUCUUUGCUUUUAUAAUCAAUGCUGAUUAGACAAGCUAACUUUUGUGUAAUUAUGUAAAAUUUUUGCUAAUUUAGUGUUCUUGUCUUGUUUUUGCUCUUGGAUGGGAUUACCACCCGCAUCAAAAGGUCAACAGUGUUUCCAUUUUCAAAUUUGUUUUUAAUCCAGCUGAUGCAUGUAUGAUUUGGGAGUCUUUCUAUGUUUUGUCUUUUUAGGGGAGGGGGUUCCAACAAGUUCAAAAAGUGUUAAAUAUGACAAAUUUGGGUUAAUCUGCUGUGUCUAUGUCUUGCAUCAGCUGUAUGCAAAAAUUCAAAUUUCCAUGAUGUUGAAUUCGCAAUUUCAACAUUAUGAGGUCUUGUUUGUUGUGAAGUUUAAUUGAAAAUGAAUUUCUUUCGUGAUUGCAUUUGGUUAUCUUGAAUCUAUUACAUAUUAGAUAUUUUGUGUGAUUUACAUUGAUAUACCUUGUUUUUUUUCUUUAUUUGAGAAAUAUCUUAUGUGCAAUUUGAGUGAGAGAUUAGAUUUUCACUCAGACAGCAAAUGUAACUAAAUAUGUCUUUUAAGGUCUAGGGUUGUCUUAUAUAUUUUUUUCCUUCACUAUAUUGGUGCUGAGCAAAAUGUUAUUUUUAUUUGUAGAUUUUUUUAUCUCAUUUGGAAUGGCUUGAUUGCAAUAACCAUGAGGUAGAUAUUAGUGUAAAAUGAAUUCAAACCAAGAAAUUGCCAUACAUAACUUUAUUGAGACUUAAAUUCAAAAUUCCACUUUAAUUCUUUUUUUUCCAUUCCUACAUACUUGUAAAAAAUGAAAUUGAUAAAACUUAAACCUAAAAAAAAAACAAGUUGCAAACUGUCAUGUUUCAAUGAUGACUCUGAUUGCCUAUUUUGAUUGCAUUUCCAAUAUAGAAAUAAUGAUGAUUAUAAGUUAUAAUUGCUCUUAUUUGUAAAAGUCACAACACACUCCUUCAGGAAUUGCUUUCAGCGAGUAUUCCUUUAUAAUUUUUAGUUAGAUGUGCUAUUUCUGCAUCUUUCAUCUCCAGUGCGUCACUUUACUGAUUUAUACACAGAUAUUACAUGAAGCCAAUAGCAUGUAUAUUUUAUUUUUGGUGUUUUUUUUUUUAAUAAGUAGGUAUAUACAAUGUAGGGAAGUAAGCUAUAUUAAUCUAUGCCAUUUUAUAUCAUUAUGCGAGUUGAUUGUUCUCACUAGGGUUAAUCAUUCCCUGGUCAUUUUCCAUUUCUCAAUUUUCUUUUUAUUUUAUACAAGUUCUUAGUAUUUUCUAUCUUUUACAUGUAUUUUAAUCAAGAACACCACUUCUCAAUUUAAUUUUUUCUACAAUUUUUUUUAAUUUCAGAUUCAUUAGUGAAGUUUUUAUUGUGUUCUUUCUGUUCAAUGUACCUGAUAUCAUUUGAGAAUAAAUUUUCCUUGCUUUUGUAUUAUUUGUAUAUUUUUGAAGAAUGUUUGGUUGAAAUUAAAAAUAAGGGCGGAGUAUGAGCAGUGUCGGUACUCCAAUAAACCGCAUUUUCCUUUUCAAAAUGUUCAUUUUAUAGAAACUAGUCUUAUCACACUAUUACUUAGUCAAAGAAUGAUCCAUGAUUUUUCUGAGUACAUAUCAGACUCAGAGUGUGAGACUUCAUAUUUUCUGAAUUUUUGAAAACUUUAGAUUCAAAUUUGCUGAACCUAUUCUCUUUUUUUUCUGGAUCCAGCUUCAGUAUGGUUCCCAUGAUCAUCACAUGCUAUAAUGUAUUCAGAUUUUGACUUCUUAUAAUAUGAAAGUCAAUUAUUUCUCAUUUUCAUUACUAAAAGUGAGAAUUUUUUAUAGCUAGGUAGUGAUUGGUUGAAACUGUCGCAUUUCAAAUCUGUCUUUUAAUCUUGAAUUGUACAUGAAUAUAUGAGAGAAAUUGUAAGUUUGUUUUAUAACAUUGAAAUAAAUGCUUUUAAAGUAUAAAAUAUCUUUGAAA